AUGGAGUGGGGUUACCUGUUGGAAGUGACCUCGCUGCUGGCCGCCUUGGCGCUGCUGCAGCGCUCUAGCGGCGCGGCGGCCGCCUCGGCCAAGGAGCUGGCAUGCCAAGAGAUCACCGUGCCGCUGUGUAAGGGCAUCGGCUACAACUACACCUACAUGCCCAACCAGUUCAACCACGACACGCAGGACGAGGCGGGCCUGGAGGUGCACCAGUUCUGGCCACUGGUGGAGAUCCAGUGCUCGCCCGAUCUCAAGUUCUUCCUGUGCAGCAUGUACACGCCCAUCUGCUUGGAGGACUACAAGAAGCCGCUGCCGCCCUGCCGCUCGGUGUGCGAGCGCGCCAAGGCCGGCUGCGCGCCGCUCAUGCGCCAGUACGGCUUCGCCUGGCCCGACCGCAUGCGCUGCGACCGGCUGCCCGAGCAGGGCAACCCUGAUACGCUGUGCAUGGACUACAACCGCACCGACCUCACCACAGCCGCGCCCAGCCCGCCGCGCCGCCUGCCGCCGCCGCCGCCGCCCGGCGAGCAGCCGCCUUCGGGCAGCGGCCACGGCCGCCCGCCGGGAGCCAGGCCCCCGCACCGCGGCGGCGGCAGGGGCGGUGGCGGCGGGGACGCGGCGGCGCCCCCAGCUCGCGGCGGCGGCGGUGGCGGGAAGGCGCGGCCCCCUGGCGGCGGCGCGGCUCCCUGCGAGCCCGGGUGCCAGUGCCGCGCGCCCAUGGUGAGCGUGUCCAGCGAGCGCCACCCGCUCUACAACCGCGUCAAGACAGGCCAGAUCGCUAACUGCGCGCUGCCCUGCCACAACCCCUUUUUCAGCCAGGACGAGCGCGCCUUCACCGUCUUCUGGAUCGGCCUGUGGUCGGUGCUCUGCUUCGUGUCCACCUUCGCCACCGUCUCCACUUUCCUCAUCGACAUGGAGCGCUUCAAGUACCCGGAGCGGCCCAUCAUCUUCCUCUCGGCCUGCUACCUCUUCGUGUCGGUGGGCUACCUAGUGCGCCUGGUGGCGGGCCACGAGAAGGUGGCAUGCAGCGGUGGCGCGCCGGGCGCGGGGGGCGCUGGGGGCGCGGGCAGCGCGGCGGCUGGCGCGGGCGCGGCGGGCGCGGGCGCGGGCGGCCCGGGCGGGCGCGGCGAGUACGAGGAGCUGGGCGCGGUGGAGCAGCACGUGCGCUACGAGACCACCGGCCCCGCGCUGUGCACCGUGGUCUUCUUGCUGGUCUACUUCUUCGGCAUGGCCAGCUCCAUCUGGUGGGUGAUCUUGUCGCUCACGUGGUUCCUGGCGGCUGGUAUGAAGUGGGGCAACGAAGCCAUCGCCGGCUACUCGCAGUACUUCCACCUGGCCGCGUGGCUUGUGCCCAGCGUCAAGUCCAUCGCGGUGCUGGCGCUCAGCUCGGUGGACGGCGACCCGGUGGCGGGCAUCUGCUACGUAGGCAACCAGAGCCUGGACAACCUGCGCGGCUUCGUGCUGGCGCCGCUGGUCAUCUACCUCUUCAUCGGCACCAUGUUCCUGCUGGCCGGCUUCGUGUCCCUCUUCCGCAUCCGCUCGGUCAUCAAGCAACAGGACGGCCCCACCAAGACGCACAAGCUGGAGAAGCUGAUGAUCCGCCUGGGCCUGUUCACCGUGCUCUACACCGUGCCUGCCGCGGUGGUGGUCGCCUGCCUCUUCUACGAGCAGCACAACCGCCCGCGCUGGGAGGCCACGCACAACUGCCCGUGCCUGCGGGACCUGCAGCCCGACCAGGCACGCAGGCCCGACUACGCCGUCUUCAUGCUCAAGUACUUCAUGUGCCUAGUGGUGGGCAUCACUUCGGGCGUGUGGGUCUGGUCCGGCAAGACGCUGGAGUCCUGGCGCUCCCUGUGCACCCGCUGCUGCUGGGCCAGCAAGGGAGCCGCGGGGGGCGGGGGCGCGGGCGCCACGGCCGCGGGGGGUGGCGGCGGGCCGGGGGGCGUCGGCGGCGGGGGACCCGGCGGCGGCGGGGGCUCCCUCUACAGCGACGUCAGCACCGGCCUGACGUGGCGGUCGGGCACGGCCAGCUCCGUGUCUUAUCCAAAGCAGAUGCCAUUGUCCCAGGUCUGAGCGGAGGGGAGGGGGCGCCCAGGAGGGGUGGGGAGGGGGGCGAGGAGACCCAAGUGCAGCGAAGGGACACUUGAUGGGCUGAGGUUCCCACCCCUUCACAGUGUUGAUUGCUAUUAGCAUGAUAAUGAACUCUUAAUGGUAUCCAUUAGCUGGGACUUAAAUGACUCACUUAGAACAAAGUACCUGGCAUUGAAGCCUCCCAGACCCAGCCCCUUUUCCUCCAUUGAUGUGCGGGGAGCUCCUCCCGCCACGCGUUAAUUUCUGUUGGCUGAGGAGGGUGGACUCUGCGGCGUUUCCAGAACCCGAGGUUUGGAGCCCUCCCUGGCUGCACUUGGCUGGGUUUGCAGUCAGAUACACAGAUUUCACCUGGGAGAACCUCUUUUUCUCCCUCGACUCUUCCUAAGUAAACUCCCACCCCUGACUUACCCUGGAGGAGGGGUGACUGCGACCUGAUGGGAUUGCACGGUUUGGGUAUUCUUAAUGACCAGGCAAAUGCCUUAAGUAAACAAACAAGAAAUGUCUUAAUUGUACACCCCAAGUAAAUACGGGUUUCUUACAUUAGAGGAUGUAUUUAUAUAAUUAUUUGUUAAAUUGUAAAAAAAAAAAAAAAAUGUGUAAAAUAUGUAUAUAUCCAAAGAUAUAGUGUGUACAUUUUUUUGUAAAAAGUUUAGAGGCUUACCCCUGUAAGAACAGAUAUAAGUAUUCUAUUUUGUCAAUAAAAUGACUUUUGAUAAAUGAUUUAA